GGAACUUUUAUCAACAAAGAACUGACGAAAGGAGAAAACUAUUUUGCCUAUGAAAGAGCCAUAAGUCGUUUCAAUGGUCAAAUUUUGGAAGGAUAUGCCAGUAAAGUGGCCUUGAUAUCUGUCACACCAGGUAUGCGAGUUAACACUCACGUGAGACUUGAAAGUAAUUUCUCUACCUUUUCAACCCAUGAUGUGACUUGUGAUGCAACCCAUGAUGUGACUUGUGAUCCACCACAUGUUCCAAUCCUUGAUCCAAUUCAUGAUCUGAUGCAGUCUGAUCUGAUCGCUCUUUGUUGCAUUGUUUUCGUCUUGCUCAUUGUGAUUGGUGGGCUAAUAUGGCGGUUGAGACGAACUGAGCUCAACAAAAAAGCAACCACAGUAAACAGUGGUAUCCCUGCCCCAUCUGGUGGUCAUCAAGUGUCAGAGCCUGGUGUUUAUAUGGAACUCCACCCCAGGACUCCGGAAGGGAAGUCACGUGAACCUUCUGAGUACCAGUCAUUGCAGGACACUCAAGUGACUUCCAGUUAUUACAAUGUGGGAUUCAAGAAAGAAAGGUCAGGGAAGAAAGACGGCGGAAUCUACGAGAAUUCCCACAGUUGAAUAUUUUAGUCUCCACUUGACGCUUGAUAGAUCUGAAUUGAAGCCGCCCGUUUAGAUGUGGGUAUGUAAGCCCUACAGACGGUUUGUUAUCGAAGACUUGGUUUAACAAACAUCAAAACGUUCGUAAAAGGUAACCACAUGAUGAAUUUUCGUAAGAGACUAACUCAUAAAGAACUUUCGUGAAAAACCGACCGUGUAAUUGAACAAAGCAAGAAUUAGGAAAAAGCAGAACUAACCGCUUCCACACUGCAUUAUUAUAUUUUGCCUUUGUUGUGUACCUGAUGACAUUCGCCCACAUAUUAACAGGGCACGGAAAAAUACAAACUUUUAUACAAAUUGUAGGAAUAACGAAUGACAACUGAAUUAUCUGAUGUACUGGUAAUCGCUCAUUAUCAAUGAAAUUACAAGCAGUAGAAUGCAGAAAGGAAAAUUUUGAAAUGACUAUAAGUCACUUUCCGCCAUGUCGGUCUUAAGAGGAAACGAUUAACCCCGAAUUGUGGCCUAAGAAUUGGGUAAAGUUUAUGGGAAGUCGAAGAGAUGCUCAGCCAGGAGAAAGUGCUCUUUAAAUAGAACAACCAAUUUCAAUACCGUGGUAGGAGUUGAAUAAAGCAUUGUACCGAUGAAAAUGUUUAUUUUGUCUUUCCACAGUCCAUGUCGGCAACUUUUCGGGCAAACGAUGCCUUGAAGGAAAAUGUAUGGAUUUUCUGAUUUAUAUUUUAAGUGAAUGGUUUAUUUUGCCUCUGGAAAAUGUAAGCAAAAAUAGAAAUAUCAGUAACAUUAAA